AUAACCUCGCGGUAAUCGAUCGUUUUCCAGCUGGGGCUUGUGAUUUAAGUUAAGACAAUAUAACGUGCCGAAUUCCCACACGCCUGCACAAUGUCGAGCUACAAGCCGAUUGAUGUUUCGAAGGAGGACUUCCGCAAAUAUCUCAGUCACACCGGUGUUCUGGAUGCCAUCAUAAAAGUACUGACGAAAUGCAACAGCGACCGUCCAGAGAAUGCACUCGAGUACCUGGUGAACAAUUUGGGCGAGCGAGUCCAGGAGCAGGAAACGAUCGCCCGAUUGACGGCGGCACUGAGCGACGCACGAAAAGAGAUCGAGGUACUGAAAAACGAAGUGCGUGCACUGAAGGGUGGUAGUGGGCAGGAUGCAGAAACUACCGGGCCUGAUGAAGUGACACAAAACGUAAACAAGCCUGUUUCCGAUGAGGCACCAAGUCCGGUCGUGCCCACUGGUGACCAGAACUCGACGACUCUGCCCUCAGUCGCUGGUAUGACCGAAGGCGCAUCAAAGGAAGAAACCGUUCCGUCCCCGAAAGCCUCCGAUGCGGAUGCUGGUAGUAAGCAAAAGAAAGAAGCCGCCCCAGAGAUCGACAAACAAGACCAACCGGUAGUCACACCUACCGACAAAGCAGACGAAAAAGAAUAAGGCUGCCAUACCAAUGCCGCAAAACCCGUGAUCUUGGAUUGCUAUUUAGGUUAAGUUAUUUUGAGUAUCAUCGUUCGAAUUAGGAAUUCGAAUGGCACGAUGCUUUCCUUCACCCGGUCGGAGGACGAAAAAACGCGUAGCAUAACGGUACCGUAGAAGUAUUGAGACAUCCGCGCUGCAGCAGAUCGCUUUUUCUGUCUGCUCUGAACGACCGCGUUCACCGCACUUGGACCGUUAUAUUUUUUACUCCCAUUAUCACCAUUACGGCUACUAACAAAACCAAUCACUGAUCCAAGUACAACGUGUUCCCAAAGCUGAACGUAUUUAUUGCCGCAUUUAAUAUCGUCACUUAUUGUCAACAUCAACCGUAGCUGUUUCGAUGCUAUACAAACACAUUCCCAUUAUGUUGUGUGGUGUUGUAAAAUAAAAGGGGCAACAAC